AUGGAUGACAGCAAUGGCCAUGACGGCUCACAGCCGGCUGAUGGAAUGGAUCAAACUGGAUUCCCUGGCAACCCCUGGUUGAAGGACCUAGGCAAGUGGUUGAGCGGAUUUGACUGGAAAGAUCAUUGGCCCGGGGAUGGCGAAGAAUACGUCGAGAACAGGUGGAGUCAAAGCUUCAUGGACCUCAUAGGGGAACCUUACGCCACCACCAUGAAGCUCCAUAACAAGAUGUACCUCAUUGCCAAGGCGCAUCAACCAGCCUUUGAGAAUAAUUUUUGGCCAAUGGCAGUAACCCAGGCCCCCCACCCAUCCAAUGAAAUGAAGCAGUUGAUGCAAGAACUGGACCUCUCGUUCGAGGAAAUGAAACAGGUGAUGCGGGACCACAACCAUUUGGAGGCUUCAAUCUUCUACAACAGUGAAGACAACAUUGAGCAUGGCAUUCUAACCAAGGAGGGUAUGAUCUCGCUAGACAUGAUCAGCAUUUUCCCCGAUAACUUGAGGGUUGACAUGCAGAACUACAAUACCUACAUAUGCGGGACAAUUGCAACUGCUGCGGCCGUGGAGUGA